AUGCUAGACGGAGAUUCUACAAUAUAUGCGCUCUCUACUGCAAUUGGGCGAGCAGCCAUUGCAGUUGUGCGCGUAUCGGGUCCGGCCUGUGCCUUAAUAUACAAAAGUCUCUGUCCAAAGCACCCCCUUCCAAAACCGCGCUAUGCAGUCCUCCGCACUCUCUACGACCCAACGCAACCCCCAACCCCAAAUACAAUCCUCGACGCCGGCGCUCUAGUCCUCUACUUCCCCUCCCCACGAACCGCAACAGGCGAGGACAUCCUCGAACUCCACAUCCACGGCGGACCAGCAAUAACAAAAGCCGUCCUUUCAGCAAUCGCACAGACAAACACCCCUGAGCAAACAGUGCGCUACGCCGAACCAGGCGAAUUCACCCGCCGCGCCUUCAUGAACGACCGCCUCAGCCUACCUCAGAUCGAAGCCCUCGGCGACACACUCUCCGCCGACACCGAGCAGCAAAGAAGACUAGCCGUGCGCGGCUCGAGUGACGCAUUGCUGAACCGGUACGAGCGGUGGCGGCAGGGUUUGCUGUAUGCGCGCGGUGAGCUGGAGGCGCUGAUUGAUUUCUCCGAAGACCAACAUUUCGACGAGUCGACUGAGGAGCUUGUUUCGUCUGUUGCGACGCAGUUGCUUAGGAAUGGGAUUCGGGUUGCGCUGUUGGGUGCGCCGAAUGCGGGGAAGAGUUCGUUGCUUAAUAGGGUUGUUGGGAAGGAGGCUGCUAUUGUUAGUACCGAGCAGGGGACUACGAGGGAUAUUGUUGAUGUUGGGGUUGAUCUUGGCGGGUGGUAUUGUAAGCUCGGGGAUAUGGCGGGGAUUCGGGCUGAGGGGUCUGGUGAUGGUGAGAGGGUUGUUAUUGGGGCUGUUGAGAAAGAGGGCAUUCGCCGGGCUAGAGAGAGGGCUUUGGAGUCCGAUGUUGUUAUUGUGGUUGUUUCGCUGGAAGACACUGCCACUGGCGUCCGGCUAUUCGUUGAGCCGGAGGUUCUUGAUGCAGUUAAUGACUGUGUUGAGGCGGGCAAGUGUCUCGUUGUCGCUAUCAACAAGUGUGACAAGCUACACACGACUUUGGAAAAUGGUGUGCCGCAGUCAUUGUCCGAUACGAUCCACGACAUCUUCCCUUCGGUCCCGGCAGACCGGGUGUUCGCCAUUUCCUGCGAGGAAGCCAAGCGGGGAGCAUCUUCUCUCAAUACGACUACAGACCCGGGUAAUCUACAGGUCUUUCUACGUGGACUAAUUACCACUUUUGAGCAGAUUGCCUCGCCCCUUGGCGUGGAUGGAGAUGGAGGUCAAUAUGAUCUUUCGUAUUGGGAAGAUUCUCUAGGUGUCACGCACCGCCAAAGCUCUAAUCUACAAAUAUGUCUCGAUCAUCUAGACGAUUUCCUGUCUCAAGCCUCUUCUGCUGAACGCCCUGAUGAUUCCUCGCGCGAAAAAGAACUCGGGUCUCUUGAUUCUCAUGCUGAAUCUGAAGUCGAUAUCGUCACUGCUGCGGAACAUCUGCGCUUUGCGGCUGACAUGCUGGCCAAAAUCACAGGAAAAGGCGAGAGUGGAGAUGUCGAGGAUGUGUUGGGAGUUGUCUUUGAGAAAUUCUGUGUCGGCAAGUGA